AUGCGCACCUAUUCAAAAACGUGGAUUCUAGAGCUAGUCAACCGCUCCAUACAGUGGAUCAGUACCGCUAUCGUCCUGGGACUGACCUCCUACCUCUUGAGACAUGGCCAUCGCGGCCUGUCCCUCACCUACCAAGAGGUCAUCGCUGUGGUUUCCAUAGUCUUCUUUCUUCCUGCGCUCCUAUCCCCGUUCUUGCCCGUCGCGGUGGACAAAUUCGUCUUAGGGAUCGAUGUGAUAUUCUCGUAUCUGUGGUUGACGUCCUUCAUUUUUGCCGCUCUGGAUUACAGCCAGGGUGACUGUUUCCUUAACAGCCCGCCAAAUCUCGGCUGUAGCCGGAAGAAAGCUAACGAGGCUUUCAUCUUCCUCGCGUUCAUAACGACCUUCUUUGGCAUAUUCUUAGAGGUUGCCGAUAUCUGGAUCUACCGUAAAGAGCACCCUCGCCGAGUCGAUGAUGGCAGUCACCCGGAUACUAGUCAGUUUGGGGAGGGUCAUUUGUCAACAUUUCGGGCUGAGUAG